GAUGGCAAUCAUUUUCUGUUGUUUUUUUUUAAAUUUAAAUUCCACAACUAUUUUGAUUCAGUAGCAUGAUUUAAAAUACCUUAAAAAGUUUGAAUGCGCAAGAGAAUAUAACCCUUCGGAAAAAUAUUGGACUAUUAUUUUGAAGAGUAUUACAAGGAACUAACUGCGCAAGUCAUGAAAACUGAAGUUAAGUGAAUUGACGUUGGCCCUGAGAUCUUAUGGGUGUCCAGGGUCUGACCACCUACGUGGAGGGAAACAGACACUUCCUCCAAGAUGUGAAGUUCCGAGACAGUCGCCUUGUUAUUGACGGCUGCAGUCUGUAUUUCCGCCUUUACUUCACCCACGGUUUGGACCAGCAGCAUGGAGGAGACUAUGAUGCUUUUGCUUGCCUUCUUACCCAGUUCCUGUCUGCACUGGCAGCCUGUAACAUCCAGCCGUACGUGGUACUGGAUGGAGGGAUUGACCCCAGUGAUAAGAAGUUUCCAACUCUGCGUCAGCGUCUGCAGUCCAAGAUAAGGGAGGCUGACAAUCUCUCCCGUGGCAGAAAUGGCUCUGUUCUCCCCAUCCUCGCAAGGUCUGUCUUCAUUCAGGUCCUCAUGCAGAGAGGAAUCCCCGUGGUCCAGUGUCUGGCUGAGGCUGACUGGGAAAUUGCGUGUUUGGCUCACCAGUGGAACUGUCCAGUUCUGACCAAUGACAGUGAUUUUUACAUCUUUGAUCUGCCAGGGGGUUACCUGCCACUCACUUCUUUUCAGUGGACCCACCUUAACGGUAAAGCCUCUCAUUGCUACAUCUCCGCUCGGCACUACACCACUAAUGGGCUCUGUCGCUUGUUUGGGGGAUUAAACAAGGAGCUGCUACCUUUAUGUGCAGUCCUGACCGGUAAUGAUUAUGGUGCUCCAAAAGAUGUUGAAACUCUCCUCGCUAUGUUAAAUGUGAGUGCAUUUGGGCGAGGUGGUAAAGGCAGGGCACCCACUUCCCGCAUUGAGGGCAUCCUCAUCUGGCUUUCCUCAUUUUCAAGCCCGGCGGAGGCCCUGGAUGAAGUAAGCAGGCUAAUGGGGGAGGACAGUAGAGAUGGAGGCAAUAGGGGCAAAGGAGGACAGAAAGGAGGGCUCAGUUCGCUUCUGUGGGAAGGAAUGCAGGAAUAUUAUGUCACCCCGCAAAGCUCUCUGGCUCGCUGGUUCUCUGGAGGGCAGACCUCUGGGCUUCCACGGCUUCCAGGGUGUCUGUCGCUGGCUGCAGCACAGGGUAUGUUGCCCCCCAUGGCGCUGGAUGUUCUGCUGAUGCACAGGGUCCUUCUCAUACCACAGGUGGAAAACAGCAAGCAAGCAAGCAGCCACUGCUGUGCCAAAGCCAUACGCCAGGCUGUGUAUGGGAUAUUACUGCAAGAUGUACAAGCAGGGGACGUAAGUGGACAGGGAAAUAUCAGCCAGGGUAGGGGAGGUGGUAGAGGUCGAGGGGGAAGGGGAAGGGGAAGGGGGAGUGAUCAGGUUGGUAGAGGUAGGGGUCAGCAUGGUGUAGGAGAAGCAGCUGUCCAGUCUCAGAGUCCUGGAUGCCCGGUUUUGGUGGAGGAGUAUGACCGUUUUGAACUAAACUUGAAGAAACAACAAGUAGAGGUAAAUCUGACCAAGACCCACAUAAGCCUGGAAAAACUUAGCCAGGCUCCUACAGCAGUGCGUCUUGACGUCCUUUUAAAAGUUUUGGGCACACAGGAGUUUGCCCUGGCUCCUGUUCCUCUCCACCUGUGGCUGGCUGUAGCAGUGACCAGCUUCUGGCUGCGCGAGGCCACACCAACACCCUCACAGCCCCAGCUCCAUGCUCUGUUGCUGGGCUUGGUGUAUGGAGAGCUGUCCUGGAACACCCAGCCUGAAGCUACCUACCAUCAACAUGCCAUCCAACAGCUGAACUGGACCGCAGAGUGCAAUGUGGGGGCGGGUCUGGAUCGACAGCGUGUGAGGCCGGGGGAAAGACGGGGCCUCGAUGUGGGAGCUGCUCACAGUUUCAGCCAAUGGCAGGCCUGCCUCUGGAGUGCACUGUGUCUCAAUCAGCUAUUACUCCUGCCAUUGCCUGAACCCCACUUAGCAUGGUUGUUCAGUGGCACCUUGUUGCACGGCCUCCUCUGGCCCCUGAAAGGUGGCCGAGCUCCUGAAUCCCUCCUAGCUGGGGGUCAUUUAUCCAGACAACUCUACCUCUGUCUGCUGGACGCUGUAAAGAACUGCAGCUCCAAAAACCAUCCCUCUUCAGCAGCAGGAGCAGCAAGGAGGAGAGGCAGAGGUCGUGGAAGGAGAGGAAGAGGGGGAGGUGGUAGAGGAGCGAGAGGAGGAGGAGGGAGAGGGGCUGAGGAGAUAAACAACAGGUUUGCUCUCCUGAUGAGCGAGGAAGAGUUUGAUGAUGAUUGAAGAUGAUUGAUGUGUAUUGCAGAGAGAAAUGAGCUCGCUACGGGGCCAAAUCGUGAAGGAUAUUCCAGUGUUUGAUUAAAAAAACACUCAGGGAAUGAAAUGAAAUGUCAUUAUCAAGACAAGAACUGCACUUCCAAAUGGUUGUCAUAUUGCUUCUUUAUAGUUUUAUUGCACUAAUUUAACACUCUCCAGUAAUAUUUUCUGCCAAUACGUGUUAGCUCAGUGCUCCCAAAGCACACUCUUACUAUAUUUUUAACAGUUUUAUGCAGCUUUUAUCCAGGGUAAUGUGACUGUAAUUGACACCACUGUUUUCAACCGGACAGCUUUUUUCAACAUUGAAUUAGUUUAUAUACCAAUGAUUAAUUUAAUCAUCUGUUGACCAAAACAUUGUCUGGCAGCUGUCACUUUUAUAACCCAUAAAAGAUGUAUUAUAUUUCUUUACUAUAUUGCCUUAAUACUUAUGCUUAUUUGAUGCUCAAGCUUACUUCUUUUGUACAAUAAAAAAAUGAAAGAAAU